GACUUUCUAGUCAUAAACAUUCAGGGUUUCUACUCUCCCGUGCCGAUUCAGUCACUUAGGUUAGGUAGUCCACAUCGUUUUUACAUUUGCAGACUGGCUACACCAUGGAAGAAGCUGAAAAUCUGAGUGCCCCAGAUAUACAAGUUCGCCUUAGGUCCUCCGAUGACGGUGAGGAAUUUGGACCCAUUGAGGGCGAAGGGCAGGACAGAGCCGAAAACGCACACGGCGUAGCUCUACUUGAUGGAUGGCCGGAUACCACAGUGCUUUACGUUUUCACCAAGCUUUUCGAAUUCAUGUGGGCUAGCAUCUUUACGACCACCUAUGUGGAGCGGGGAAGGAACGAGUACUUUGCUGGAUUUAGCAAUGUAAACCUGGUCACAUCGUACCAUGAAGAUCGUAAUAAGAACAAAUGGAUCCACCUGUCGCUAGUUUUCCGCGCUUCGACCUUCCCGAUGUUCCGGAGGUCUCUUGAAUAACAAAAAACAACCAAAAAUCGAAAAAGAAAAGGAACUAUAAGUCCAAGAUACCGUGUCACAGCCAAAUUGAAAUUCCGCUUGGCUUUCGUUCGGGGCUGCUAUACAAUUUCUUUUCUCCGGGUCUAUAUCUGUGGCACACCUCUGGUGUGAGUGUGUGUCUGUGACAUUUUGGCAGCAGUUCAACGGAAAAACGUUUGGCAGCACGGCCAGAAAAUGAUAAGCUCAGGCAGCGGGAAAAGAAACAAGCGGGAAAACUCCAACGAAACGGUUCACUGAGUUAAAUAAAAAUUGA